AUGCCAGCCCUUGUUAACAUGUCUACGUCAACCAAUCCACCAACGGAUAGGGGAAGCCCAGCUCUGUUCUUGAUAGGCCCGCAACUGUCUCGUGUCACCGCAAACGACGUAAUCCGGCUUCGUUCAGCCAUUAGAGGUACUGCAGAGCUGUCUUUCCUCCUCGAAGCAGUCAACGAGCUAGAGGCAAUAUGGCCGACAUUGGUGGAAACAUUUCCUGAACUGAAGACACUACCGGGAAAUUUGGCCCUUCGAAGAGUCGCUGGCUUGCUCAAUGGAGACGACUCCCCACACCUGGACCAGUCAGUAGCGCGGAGCAUUGAGUUGAACGUGUUUACAGUGCUAUCCCAUGUGGUUGAUUUCUGGCGGGCGUCGGUGACGAGAAUAAGGAGUGAAAUAUUUCCUUCACCCACUCACAGCUCUUCGCAUUUGGCCGACAUUCAAGGUCUCUGUAUCGGCUUUCUGACGGCUGCUGCCGUCUCCUGUUCAAUGUCUGGGAAGCACUUCAGGAAAAAUAUCGUUGUCUCACUUCGUAUUGCUGUGGGUGUUGGUGCCCUGGUGGACUAUGAUAGCAUCAAAAAGGCCACCACAUCUAUCUCAGUGGACUGGAGCUCACAUUCGGAGCAGCAAGCGCUACAAGGCCUUUGUGAGAAGUAUGCGGAGAGCUACAUCUCUUGUAUUACGGAUGCCACUCGUGUCACAGUCACUCUGCCUGACCCUGAAAUCCAUCCCUUCCUAGGAGAGCUCUCAUACACAGGGCUAUCUGCCCAGCUAAUUGGUCUCAUUGGUCGGUAUCAUCAUCGUGAUGCGCACCAAGAGGCUGUUUACCGGUUUAAGGAUCUCUGCAAUCGUGAUCCGCGUUUCCAGUUUCCUCAUUUGAAUGAUCUCUACCUCCCACUGAGAUCCAACGUUGACGGAAGCAUCAUUUCCGGGUCUUUACAUGACGUUGCGAUUGACUCCAUAUUGCUAGAACAAUGCAAUUGGGUUCAAACAGUACGGCAAGCGUUUGGCAAUAAUGCCGGAGAAUCUAAGCAGAUCGUGCCGAUAGGCUCUAUGGUUCCGAUUCCCCGUUCGGUAAUUAAACGCCCGAUAUCUAACGGGGAGCCAGUCGGUUCCGGAAGUACCAGAUUAAAUGGACGGACGAACGGAGCUUCUCAUAAACUCCCGCAUGGUGCAACUGCCAGUGCAGAAUCGGACAGUAUUGAAUCUCUUGCAGCCGCAGAUCCGCCAGCUAUAGCGGUCGUUGGAAUGGCUUGCCGCUACCCGGAAGCUGACGGUCUGGAAGAAUUCUGGGAAUUGAUGCGCUCCGGGAAGUCUGCUGUACGCCCGCUGCCCGAGGACCGGUUCAAGCCCUCAGACCUCAGCCGUGGGCCAGACGGAGGAUUCUGGGGUAACUUUCUUCGCGCCCCAGAUGCGUUUGAUCAUCGUUUCUUUGGCAUUUCCGGAAGAGAAGCAAAAUAUAUGGACCCACAGCAACGUCUACUUCUGCAGGUAGCGUACGAAGGGCUGGAAUCGGCUGGGUACUUUGGCCUCUGCAAUUCACACAACACAGAUCUCUCAGACAUCGGAUGCUACAUUGGAGUUGGAUCAGUCGAUUAUGAGGCCAAUAUCAACUCGCACGACACCACUGCAUUCUCUGCUGUUGGGUCGCUCAGAGCCUUUAUAAGUGGCCGAGUUAGUCAUCACUUUGGAUGGACCGGUCCAUCCAUCACAUUUGACACUGCGUGCUCCUCGGGAGCUGUAGCGAUUCAUUCCGCGGUGAAUGCUUUGAAAAAUAAAGAGGUAUCGAUGGCUGUGGCUGGAGGCGUGAACGUGAUUACUAGCCCGGGGUUGUAUCAAAACCUUGCCGGAGCAUCUUUUCUUAGUUCUACCGGUGCCUCGAAGGCCUUCGAUGCAGACGCCAACGGUUACUGUCGAGGAGAAGGGGUCGGAGUAGUGGUGCUCAAAACCCUUACUCAGGCUCUUCUCGAUGGUAACUCUGUUCUCGCGGUUAUCAGAGGGUCGGCUGUCAAUCAGGCGAUGAAUUGCUCCCCCAUCACGGUCCCUGUUUCAAAGUCCCAAACCUCGUUAUACCGGAAGGCACUCUCGAUGGCUGGGGUUGAUCCAAGAGAUGUCACGUAUGUUGAAGCACAUGGAACAGGAACACCUGUAGGUGAUCCAAUCGAAUGCGAAAGUGUGCGCCAGGCGUUCGGAGGGCCCCAACGCGAAAAUACACUGUUCGUUGGGUCGGUCAAGGACAAUAUCGGACACACCGAGGCAGCAUCCGGUCCUGCGGCGCUCAUCAAAACAGUUCUUAUGAUGCAGAAACACUCGAUCCCUAAGCAAGCUAAUUUCACCAAAUUGAACCCGAAAAUCUACCCGUUGGAGCCGGACUGCAUGGCCAUUCCUCAGGAAACAAUCCCAUGGAUGUCAACUAGACGAAUUGCCGUUGUUAAUAACUAUGGAGCAGCUGGCAGCAAUGCUGCAAUUGUUAUCGAUGAUCCAACAUCUAUACAGAGCAAAGCGGUUGUCGCGGAUGCAAUAAAAGAAUAUUCAGUCAUCCCCUCUUCCCCAAUUUUCAUUUCCGCAAAAUCCCCUGAAGCUCUACAGGAGUACUGUUCCACAUUGUCGAUGCAGUUGUCAUUAGCCUGGGAAAAACAGUUCGGUGCUCAGGCAACUCAGGCUUUGGCGUACAACUUGUCGGUAAAACAAAACAGGCAACUUGAUUACAACUACACGUUCAGCGCAUCAUCUGUCGAUGAACUUAAGGCUGCACUUGACCACACCAAUGAACGGGAUUUCCUCAAGCGCCCACAGGAAAAUCUUCCCGUUGUAUUGUGCAUUGGAGGUCAGAAUGGGUGCACAGCACAAAUUGAUUCUGAUUUCUAUGAGACCUGCAACUUAUUCAAGAACCAUCUGGACGCCUGUGAAGCAACGUGUCAGAUCCUGGGGCUCCCGAGCCUGUUUCCGCGUAUCUUCUCGUCUCAGCCCAUUGAAGAUCUUGUUUCUUUACACUGUAUUCUUUUCUCUAUACAAUACUCUUGCGCUAGGUCAUGGUUGGAUGCCGGUCUGAAGGUCGAUACUAUUAUCGGCCAUAGCUUUGGGCAACUUACAGCCUUGGUUGUAGCCGAUGCCGUGUCUCUAGAGGAUGGGCUCCGUCUAAUCUCGGAACGUGCCCGUCUUCUAAAAUCUUCCUGGGGUGAUGACCCAGGCUCCAUGUUGUCAGUACAAGGUGGGGACACCGAAGUUCGGUCGCUCCUGGAUAGUACAAAAAAGCUACAUCCGGGGAUGGCUUACGAUAUUGCAUGCUUUAACGGCCCGGACACAAUUGUCGUCGCUGGGUCAACAGAGUCUAUAGAAGCUAUCGAGAAAACGUCACGAACAGAUGAACUUUAUUCUCACUUGAAGCUUGUGAGGCUUAGAAAUACGCACGCCUUUCAUUCAAGGCUCGUUGAAGCAAUUGUACCUGGUCUCAGAAAGGUCGCUGCAACCAUCACAUUCCAAGCGCCAUCGUUACGAAUUGAGUCGUGCUCAAAGGACCAAGACUGGACACAGCCGAUCAAUGCUGAAAUUGUUGUUCAGCACAGUCGAAUGCCUGUCUACUUCUAUGAAACGGUCCAGCGCACUACACGUCGCGUCGGUUCUUGCGUCUGGAUCGAGGCUGGAUCAGCUUCUCCAAUUAUUCCAAUGGUGCGCAGGGCUUUGGGAGGCCCCGAAGCAAGCUCUAGCAGUGUUUUCCAGUCUCUGAGCUUGAACGAACCAGAAGGCAUAUCUAAUCUUGCACAAGCGACAGCAAGAUUGUGGGCAGCCGGGGUGGGGGUCCAGUAUUGGCCCUUUCAUAAGUGUCAAAAAGAUCAAUUCCCCUGGAUCAAUCUCCCAUCUUAUCCGUUUCGCAAGACUUCACAUUGGUUGCAAUAUAACCCUCCUGUGGCAACCUCCAAAAAAGACUAUCCUAUCACACCAGAACAGGGCCCGGGGCAGCUCCUCAAUCUGGUCGAGAGUGACCACCAGAGUGCAAUCUUUCAACUUAAUUGCUCUCAUCCGAUGUUCGUGCUUUGCACAAAGGGGCAUGCUGUUCUCAAUAAAAGUCUGUGCCCAGCGUCAAUGUACGUGGAGAUAGCUGCACAGGCAGUGACCGAGCUUCCUGGGGGCGGUUCUACAGCGGGUCUCCAUGUACGAGAUUUGCAUAUCUCUUCACCGUUGUCGAUCAGUCAAAGCCGUAUUGUAUUUAUUGAGCUACAAUCAGUCAAGGGCGAACAAGGCGCAUGGGAAUUUACAAUCAAUUCUCGCAGCGAUAGCCAACAAACCAGAGAUCCGUUCACGAAACAUGCCCACGGAACUAUCUGCAUGGACACUCCUGAAAGCCAGUUUCCCACCGGCAAAAUUCAGUCGCUUAAACGACUAGUCAGCCAGGUACGGCAAGGCAGUGUGUCUGGAACUCCGGGCGCCAAUAUGCUGGAUGGCAAGGCCAUUAUUUAUCGACUCUUUGGACAGGUCGUGAACUAUGCUCCCUUCUACCAGGGAGUCGAGCAUAUGGUUUCCAAAAACAACGAGGCUGUGGGCUCGGUGCACGUUCCAUCGGCUCAAGACCCGGUUAUGAAAAGUGCACGAUGUGAUCCAAUCAUGGUGGACAACUUCCUUCAGGUUGCAGGAAUCCUCGUCAAUUGUCUCUCGGACAGUAUUGACAGCCAAGUCUAUAUCUGCACAGAAAUUGGACACCUUUAUCUCAGCAAUCAUUUCUUUGCCAAACGAGGUGAAACGAAGUCCUGGGAUGUCUAUACUACGUUCGACAAGGUUUCCGAGAAGAAGGUAGUGAACGACAUCCUAGUCUUUCACCCUGUCACAGGUGAACUGUUUGCCUUGAUCAUUGGCGCCACUUUCCAUAGUGUCGCUGUGAAGUCACUCGUCGCUAUGCUGGCGAAUCUUAAUGCGCCUGGUGUUGGUCUGGCGAAUGCUCAAAGUACUCAACCUACGACAAAUGGAACACAGGGGGCGAAGAACAGCCAAACCUUGGAUUCCGUAAACACCAAUUUUCAUCUCUCAAAUGCACGGGAUCUUGGUAGUGUUGUUGAGAUUAAACAGAACCUGGAUUGGAUUCUUAGAGAACUACGGCAGCUGCUUAGCUUAGCGACUGAAAUUCCUGUUAAUGAGAUCACACCAACCACUUAUCUGACACACAUCGGUAUCGACUCGCUCAUGAGUACAGAAGUCUUGAGCGAUAUAAGGCGACAGUUUCAUGUUGAUAUUCCGGCCUCCGAAUUCAUCGCUCUUGAUAGCGUUCUCGCUCUCGCUGAAUGCCUCCAUUCACACUUCAAGGCAGAGUCCAACGGCAGAUAUAUCAAAGACAACAAGGCCAAUGGACGCGAAGUCCACUUGCCUUCUUUUGGUCCCUGCCAGGAACUCCUUAGUGACAUUUUAGGAGUGCCUGUCGAUGAAAUCUCUGCUGAUAUGUCUCUUGCUGAUCUGGGCGUGGAUUCAUUGGUCUCUACGGAACUCGUGAGCGAGGUCAAGAAACGCUUUGGCAUUGCCAUCACGACGGAAGAAUUGCAAGCUAUGGAGUGUGUUGGUGAUCUUUCUCGCCACGUUCAGGUGCCACCCUCUGCACCUCUCAUUUCUGAGCCUCGUAAUCGGCACCAGAACGGAAGCAUGAAGUCACGACAAGACCCCCCGGGUCAGCGGAUAGAAUUCCAAGAUAUGGACCUGACUCAGACAAUGGACUCAUUCAUAUCAGUUGCCAAGCAAUGUUUUCUCAGCGCUCGGAGUAGCAUGGACGAGAUGUCUAACAGAACACAAUUGUCCGGCUUCUGCCAGCGUGUACUUCCUGCCCAGAUGGAGCUUGUGGUGGCAUACGUCGUCAAAGCGUUCAAUGGCUUGGGCUGCCCAUUGGCUUCUAUGAAUGUUGGUCAAAAUCUCCCAGACAUAUCAGUUCUUCCUAGGCAUCACAAGGCGAAGAAUCAAAUCUAUAAGAUACUGGAAGAACAAGGCCUAAUCGAAUGCAACGCUUCCGGCCAAUUCAGACGGACCAAAAAUCCAGUGCCUUUUGAGCAGCCCGAAAAGUUGCUGGAGUCGAUCAUCGCGAAGUUCCCGCAGCAUGCAUUUGAGCACACUCUACUCGCAUCUACGUGUUCCAAACUCGCUGAAUGUCUUACUGGGAAAGCUGACCCACUGGAGAUACUCUUUGGUAGUGCCAAAUCUAGAGCCUUAUUGGAAAACGUCUACACCAGCGCCCCUAUGUUCGAAACGGGCACUAUGAGCUUGACACAGUAUCUUGUGGACGUGUUUCAAGCCUUUGGUGAAAGAAGACCGAUCCGUGUUUUAGAGCUUGGCGCGGGUACAGGAGGAACCACCAAGCGCCUCGUGGAGGCUCUCGUCGGCACUGGAAAAGAAUUCGAAUACACAUUCACCGACAUUUCGGCCUCGCUAGUGGCAGCUGCGCGGAGAAAGUUUGCGCAAUACAGCUUUUUCCAUUACGCAGUUAUAGACAUCGAGCAAGACCCACCAUCACAGCACCAAAAUCAGUACGAUAUCGUUAUCUCAACAAAUUGUAUUCAUGCCACGAAAGACCUGACCGUCUCUUGCACAAAUAUCAACAAACUGCUGCAUUCAAACGGCCUACUGUGUCUGGUGGAGCUCACUCAAAACUUAUUCUGGUUUGACCUUGUCUUUGGUCUCCUUGACGGAUGGUGGCGCUUUGAGGAUGGCCGUCAACACGCAUUGGCGAGCGAAACAAUGUGGAGGAAAUGUCUCACGCGAUCAGGAUUCCAAUGGGUGGACUGGACAGCAGGCGCCAUAGAGGAAUCUAGCAUCCUCCGUGUCAUUGUUGCUUCGCCCUCUAAUUUCAUGCGUACUACGACAGAGACAGUCGAAUUCAAACGAGUGGGAGACUUGUCCCUUAAGGCAGAUCUCUAUUAUCCUCAGCACGUCGUCAGCCGCGACAAGAGGCUUCCAGUCGCUCUAUUGAUCCACGGAGGAGGUCAUGUCAUGCUGUCGCGGAAGGACAUCCGCCUCUCGCAAGUUGAAACACUUCUCGAUCAUGGCUUUCUUCCUGUCAGUAUAGAUUACCGACUGUGUCCAGAGAUCACCUUGUCGGAGGGCCCGAUGACCGAUGUGUACGACGCUCUUGCAUGGGCACGUACUGUUUUGCCAUCUCUUCCACUCCUGCGUGGUGAUAUUUCUGUUGAUGGCGAGCGUGUUGUGGCCAUUGGCUGGUCUACUGGAGGCCACCUCGCUCUUACACUGGGAUUUACUUCCCCGUUGAGGACAAUCCGACCUCCUGACGCGACUCUUGUGUUUUACUGUCCGCUGGACUACGAGGAUCCGUUCUGGAGCGAGCCAAAUUUCCCCUUCGGGGACAGUGCAUCACUGAGCACACUUAUGCAACACGACCUUUCGCGUGGGGCGCACGACAGCGUUAUCACGGCCUAUAACCCACCGAAGUCGAAGCGGCCUCUAGGUGGAUGGAUGGCACCCAGCGAUGACCGGUCGCUGAUCGCGCUACACAUGAACUGGAAGGGCCAUGCGAUGCGGAUUUUGCUGAAUGGUUUGUCAAGACACUCAGGAGUAAAGUCUAGCGAUGAGCUCCCUGAGCCAACCCAAGUACAAAUCCAAGCCGUGAGCCCGCUAGCUCAGAUACGCCGUGGUACAUAUACUACCCCUACUUUCAUAAUUCACGGCACGGAAGACGAUCUUAUUCCCUGGGAACAGGCAGUGAGAACUUUUGAAGCAUUGCGACAACGCAAUAUCAUUACAGGCCUCCGCAUUCUCGACGGUGCAAAGCAUCUUUUCGAUCUCUACCCGUCUUACAAAGAUAAUUUGCAGGCAGCAAAAGCUGUGCAGGAUGGAUAUGAAUUUCUUCGUAGGCAUGUUGGACUGUGA